GGCCCGGGCCCCGAGCCGUGCCGCCCGGCUCGCCCGGGCCCCGCUGAGGCCGCGGCGCCCCCUCCUGGGCACGGGAGGACCCGCUCCAAACUCCCUGAACUUCCUUCAGGGGCAGUCCCCGAAGCGGCGAAACUCUCUGGGACCCCAAUCCUGGGCGGCGUCCCUCGACGACCUCCCCUCGUCGAGCCCCCUGCUGACAAGUGCCUGGACUCCGAAGGCCUCAGGGACCGGGCCGGAGCUGACUGUCUCCAGCUCCGUGCCAGGCCACGAUGCUCAUGAGGAAAGUGCCGGGCUUCGUCCCGGCCUCCCCGUGGGGGCUGCGGCUGCCGCAGAAAUUCCUCUUCCUUCUCUUCCUCUCGGGCCUCGUUACCCUGUGCUUCGGGGCUCUUUUCCUUCUGCCCAACUCCUCUCGCCUCAAGCGCCUCUUCUUGGCCCCCCGGACACAGCAGCCCGGCCUGGAGGUAGUGGCCGAAGUCGCCAGCCACCCCCUGGCGGGCGAACAGGAGUCACCCCCCAACCCAGCCCCCGCUGCACCAGCCCCCGGCGAGGACUACCCCAGCAGCCAAGCGAGUACCCGCCGCAGAAAAGGGUGGCUGCGGCGCACCCACCCGACCGGGCCACGGGAAGAGGCCACCGCCGCCCGCAGCAGCGGCGGGACGGCCCUCAGACCCCAGGAGGGGAGUAUCUCAUUUAGCUUUGACUUUAACGCGUUCCGGAGCCGCCUCCGCCACCCGGUCCUGGGUACAGGAGCCCAUGAGAUUGAGGAUUCCCAGAGCCUAGUUCGAACCCAGCGGGAGAAAAUCAAGGAGAUGAUGCGGUUCGCCUGGCAGAGCUACAGGCGGUACGCGAUGGGGAAAAACGAGCUCCGGCCCCUCACCAAGGACGGCUACGAGGGCAACAUGUUCGGCGGCCUCAGCGGGGCGACCGUCAUUGACUCCCUUGACACCCUCUACCUCAUGGAGCUGAAGGAGGAGUUCCAGGAGGCCAAAGCCUGGGUUGAAGAGAACUUCCACCUGAACGUGGUGACGGGAGAAGCAUCCCUGUUUGAGGUGAACAUCCGGUACAUCGGGGGACUCCUCUCAGCCUUCUACCUGACGGGAGAGGAGGUGUUCCGAAUAAAGGCCAUCAAGCUUGGAGAAAAACUCCUGCCAGCCUUCAACACCCCCACGGGAAUCCCAAAAGGCAUUGUGAACUUCAAAAGUGGCUCCAACAGGAGCUGGGGCUGGGCCAUGGCCGGGAGCAGCAGCAUUCUGGCGGAGUUUGGGUCCCUGCACUUGGAGUUCCUACACCUCACUGAGCUCUCUGGUAACCAGAUCUUCGCUGAAAAGGUCAGGCACAUCCGAAAGGUCCUCAGGAAGAUCGAUAAGCCAUUUGGCCUCUACCCCAAUUUCCUCAGUCCAGUGAGCGGGAACUGGAUGCAACACCACGUCUCAGUUGGAGGACUCGGGGACAGUUUUUAUGAAUAUUUGAUCAAAUCCUGGCUGAUGUCGGCCAAGACAGAUACGGAGGCUAAAGAUAUGUACUACGAAGCCUUGGAGGCAAUAGAGAGCCAUUUGCUGAAUGUGUCUCCCGGGGGGCUGACCUACAUUGCUGAGUGGCGAGGGGGCAUUCUGGACCACAAGAUGGGGCACCUGGCCUGUUUCUCCGGGGGCAUGAUCGCCCUUGGCGCUGAGGACGCCAAAGAGGAAAAGAGGGCCCACUACCGAGAGCUCGCAGCCCAGAUCACCAAGACGUGCCACGAGUCGUACGCUCCCACAGAUACCAAACUGGGGCCCGAGGCCUUCUGGUUUAACUCCGGCAGAGAGGCCGUGGCCACGCAGCUGAGCGAGAGCUACUACAUCCUGCGGCCCGAGGUGGUGGAAAGCUACAUGUACUUGUGGCGGCAGACCCACAAUCCCAUCUACAGGGAGUGGGGUUGGGAAGUGGUGAUGGCUUUGGAGAAACACUGUCGGACGGAAGGCGGUUUCUCCGGGAUCCAGGACGUGUACAGUAGUCCCAACCACGACAACAAGCAGCAGACCUUCUUCCUAGCGGAGACACUGAAGUAUCUCUACCUUUUCUCUGAAGAUGACACACUCUCCCUGGAAGACUGGGUAUUCAACACGGAGGCCCACCCGCUCCCCGUAAACCACUCGGACAAGGCCCUCAGAACAGAGGACCAGCUCUGACCCUAUCGCCCUGCCGCUCCCCGGCCGCAGGACGCCUUGCCUUUUCAGGUUUGGGGACUGUUCUCAAAAGGAUUGAGAGCGUGGCCCAUUCCAGGCAGAUGUGGCCAGACAAGCCACUUUUCCUCUGUGAGGAGACAGGACUUAAGAGCCGCAGCGAUGUCACCCCAGGCCCAGACAUUCCUUCCUAGGGAGAAUUUCUAUGAAACUCACUCACUUGCCAUUCCAGGACCAAAGGACUGGAGGUUUGCAUAUCAAACCCAUGUACUUGGUUCACUUUCCUUUCAUUUUGGGGGUGUUUUUGUUUUGCUUGAUUUUUGCCUUUUCUCUACAGUUGUGUUUUAUCACAAAUUAUAAAUAUAGUUUCAAAAUCAUGUGCUUUCAAAAACAAUAUCAUCCUGAUAAACUAAACCUUAAACUAUUUGCACACAUACAAAAUCCUUGACCUUAUUUUCUAUAUUUGAAAUGCCUUUUGCCCAACGUUUAAUAUAUGUUCAACUAUGUGUCAUUUACCUUAUAAUUUGAGGAGGGGUUCCCCUAUGAUUUGGGCCUAAAUGUUACGAAUCACUAGUGCUAUUUUCAUUAUUGUAAUGGAAAAAUCUGUAAACUUACA